AUGUCUCAGUUGUCAUGUAAGGCUCCGGGGAUAGAAAAAGCACACGAGACCACACUCGAAAUCUUUGAAAUAUUGGCAAAUUAUCCAUGGGAAGCCAAGGCAGCUCUCACUUUGUUAGCUUUUGCAACUGAUUAUGGAGAUUUGUGGCAUCUCUACCAUUACUCCCAUGUUGAUCCAUUGGCUAAAUCUUUGGCAAUUAUCAAGCGAGUAGCUACUUUGAAAAAGCACUUAGACUCACUUCGAUAUCGACAAGUGCUUCUCAACCCCAAAAGUCUCAUUCAAAGCUGCUUACAAGCAAUCAAAUAUAUGAAUGAGAUUAGAGAAUUCUCAAAAUAUGAUGUCAAGGAACUUCCUGAGUUACCAUCUGCUCUUCGCCAAAUCCCAUUGAUUACUUAUUGGGCCAUACACACUAUUGUUGCUUCAAGGAUUGAGCUCUCCACAUAUCUCAGUGAAAAUGAGAAUCAGCCACAGAGAUACUUGAAUGAAUUGUCUGAAAAAAUGGCCAUUGUACUUGCCGUACUUGAGAAGCAUCUAGACGCCAUCCGAGAACAACAUGAGGAGGUUAAUCUCUAUCGGUGGUUGGUUGACCACAUUGAACAUUAUCAAACUGACAUUACAUUGGUCAUUCCCAAGCUGCUUAGCGGCAAACCUGAAACCAAACCCCUUAUUGAUGGCUCUACUUUAAAAGAGGUUAGUGUUCACGAAAGUUUGUCGGGAAAGAACGUGAUAUUGGUAAUUUCUGGUUUGGAUAUCUCCAAUGAUGAUAUCACGGCUCUUCAUCAAGUUUACAAUGAAUUGAAAGCUAGAGACAGUAGAAUGAGAUAGUUUGGAUUCCAAUUUUCCCGGAGCCUUAUCAAGAAGAAGAUCGAAGAGAUAUGUUAUUUGCGUUCAACUAUGAAAUGGUAUUCAAUACAAUUUACUACAAAGAUAUCUGGCAUGAGAUAUUAUUGAAGAAAAAUGGCAACUUAGAGAGAUCCAUUAGUUGUGGUACUAAACCCACAAUCUAAGGUGGUAUUCACAAAUGCAAUUCAUCUAAUUCAGU